GCACUGCAGGGAAGCGGGUGGGCGCAGCGGAGCGCGACCCCCGGCCGGCAGCUGCGGCGCGAGUUCGCGGCCCGCGGGUUCCCACCCGGCGGCGGGGCGCUGGGGCUUGGCCGAGGUUCAGCCCGCCCGCCGCUGCCGCCGCCGCCGCCGCUCCCCGCCCCCCUCCCGGGUCCCUGGAGGCUCCGCGGCUGCCGGAGCGAGAGGUGGAGCCGAGCCCGCGGCGGCCGCGCAGGAGGGAAAGUUCGGCGGCGGCGGGAGCCGCGGGGACCGGCCGGGCAGCCCGGAGGGCGCCUCGGGAUUCCUUUCCGUUUCACGGGAGGAAGCCCAGGUAUUUUCACCCAGAGGAGGAACGAUGUAGCUCCAGGCUCAGCUUCUCUCCUCAUACUUGCAGGUCCCUUCUUUGUGGUCUGCUGCACCUCUGGAAGGCUAUGAUGGGAAUGAAGGUGGCCGCCUGCAGGUUUCACCGGACCGGCUGCUUCUGCCUAGAAAGUCAUCCUUUCCAAGCAGGAAAAGUGCUCCCCGUGGUGGUCGACCUCAAGGGACCAGACACACUGUAGAGAGAAAUGGAUGAAAGCAGCCUGGGGGGCCCCAGACUCGUGCUCCCCGCGGUCUAGUCCAGGGACGCCCUUCGGCGGGGCCCUGGCCUUCUGGAAUGUGGCCGGCUGCGGCUGCAUGGCUGAUUGCUGAGUGACGAUGCUUCGCCGGGGGCUGCUGGCGUGGGUCUCUCGCGUGGUGGUUUUGCUCGUGCUGCUCUGCUGUGCCGUGUCCGUGCUCUACAUGCUGGCCUGCACCCCGAAGGGGGACGAGGAGCGGCUGGGGCUGCCCCGGGCCAACGGCCCCACGGGGAAGGAGGGGUACCAGGCGGCCCUGCAGGAGCGGGAGGAGCAGCACCGCCACUACAUCAGCAGCCUCAAGCGGCAGGUCGCACAGCUCAAGCAGGAGCUGCAGGAGCGCGGCGAGCGGCUCAGGAGCGCGCAGUCUCACCCCAGCGACGCGGCGGGCCUGCGGCUAGAGCCGGGGCCUCCCGAGAAAACCCAGGCGGACCUGCUGGCCUUCCUGCGCUCGCAGGUGGACAGGGCGGAGGUGCACGCCGGCGUCAAGCUGGCGACGGAGUACGCCGCCGUGCCUUUCGACAGCUUCACGCUGCAGAAGGUGUACCAGCUGGAGACCGGCCUGACUCGGCACCCCGAGGAGAAGCCCGUUAGGAAGGACAAGCGGGAUGAGCUGGUGGAAGCCGUGGAGUCGGCCCUGGAGACCCUGAACAGCCCUGCGGAGGGCAACCCGAAUCGGCGCCCCUACUCGGCCUCGGAUUUCAUAGAAGGGAUCUACCGCACAGAGAAGGAUAAAGGCACUCUGUAUGAGCUCACGUUCAAAGGGGAGCAGAAGCACGAAUUCAGACGACUCGUCUUGUUUCGACCGUUUGGCCCCAUCAUGAAAGUAAAACAAGAAAAGCUCAACAUGGCCAACACACUCAUCAACGUUAUCGUGCCACUGGCAAAGCGGGUCGACAAGUUCCGGCAGUUCAUGCAGAAUUUCAGGUUUGCUCGUUUGGAGAUGUGCAUCCAACAGGAUGGGAGAAUUCAUCUCACCGUUGUUUACUUUGGGAAGGAAGAAAUGAAUGAGGUCAAAGGAAUACUUGAAAACACUUCCAAAGCUGCCAACUUCAGGAAUUUUACCUUCAUCCAACUGAACGGAGAGUUUUCUCGGGGAAAGGGCCUUGAUGUGGGAGCCCGCUUCUGGAAAGGAAGCAAUGUCCUUCUCUUUUUCUGUGACGUCGACAUCUACUUCACCUCCGAAUUCCUCAAUACGUGCAGACUGAACACACAGCCAGGGAAGAAGGUAUUUUAUCCGGUCCUUUUCAGUCAGUACAAUCCCGGCAUAAUAUAUGGCCAUCCGGACGCAGUGCCUCCCUUAGAACAGCAGCUGGUGAGUAAUGAUCCGCAGGGGCCCUUGUGUGGCUCUGUGUCCUCUCUUUCAUUACCAGGGGCACCUGACCAUGAGUAAAGGUGAGUGGAAAUCUGUGGAUUGAUUCCCAUAGUAAUUUUUAAGUUUGGCAUAUGUUCUGGCCUUUGCUCCCAGCACCUUGUUCAUUAAAAGUGCUUGCAGUAUUUAAAAGCGGAAAAUAAAUAGGAACAGUACCUCAUGGAAAGGUAAUUUCACACCUUCGUAGUUUUCUUACAUGGGUUUGGGAAACUAGGAUUAUUGCAUUACGGAUGCAGCACAUUUUCUCUUUGUUAUUACAAACGCUCCCAGGUAAGGAAGGUGACGGAUGGCAAAUGGAAGCCAGAAGGGGGUGACUCUCCCCAGGUCACAUGGCGAGUGAGUCAGUGGGGGAGUGAGGACCAGAUCCAGUGCCCGCCCCUCAUGCCACCAUUCCCACAGAUCACAGUCCCUCUGGGCCUUGGUCACCAGCAAGGUGGCUCUUAAAGGAAAGCUGGAGGGGCUUCUCUGCCAAGAUCGUAGCUGCGCAGGUCACGGAGAGUGGAACACACGGCCACCAAGGAGCUCUGUAGGCUGAGUGGUCUUGGUGGCAGUGGUGGUGGCAGCAGUGAACCCAUUUAGCAGAGAAGCCGUGCGGGCCACAGGAGAGAGUCUCUGGAACGCAUGUAGAUAUGCCCUUCUGAGAUGAAAGUCCCCAUUAUUGUGUGUCACCCCCAACUCGGAUGGUGACCUUUUCCGGCAGAGAGAUGAGCUGAGUGUGUCUAAGGCUGCCUUCCCGCUCAGGCUGAGUACCAGGAGACCACUGACCUUGGGCUGUCGGUUCUUCACCGCCUUGAGCGUUUCUUCUGUUUCCUCUGGAGGCAAAGCCGUGUCUCUUCCCACGAAGUGCAUCUUAGGGUGGGGAAGGGAGAUCUGCUGUGUGAAUGUGAAGGUGGGAAGGAACCGAGUCUCUCAUGCUUCUGUGCAGUGGCAGAGUAAAUUGAUUUUCAUUGAAAACAUGCGUUCUUUGAAAUUCUCUUGGAGGACCAAUUCUGUCCUGAAGCUUCCAGAGUAGCAAAACCUGUUCUCUCUAGCCCCAUCCUCCAGUAAACCUCUGGCAGCUGUUACAGUGAUCUUUUCCAGAAGAUUUCAGCUUGGGUUCCCUGAGGCUGGAUGGGGUUGACUCCUCACCCAUCCAGCAUGGUUUCCCUCCGGGCCCAUGUUGCGCGGCACAGUAAUAAUACAGUUCUCUCCCCUGCUCGGUGGAAUUCCAGCACCAGAUACGCUGAGUAUCUGUUGACGUAACUGUUUGUGUAUGUGUGCUGCUGUGUAUGUCGCCACGGAAAGUGUUUUCCAUUCCCCAAGAAUCAGUUUUUAUCUGCUUGAGGGUGAUAUCGCUUCUGUUGAGACACAAACCUUCUUGUUUCCCUUCCAUGAGUUCUGAGCUUAAAAUAGGGUUUCGGGGGGAAAUGGGAUACAGGAUUUAUUUUCUUUCAACCUACAUUCCUUUGGUUUUAAAUAAAGUGCUUCUUUAUGUUUGACAUCAAAUGUGAUUAAUGUUUUCAACUUCAAACUCAUAAAGGUCCUAUUUGCUUGCAAAGAAUUCUUUUUCAUUUCACACUUUAAAAGUUUUAUCCUUGUGUUAGCAUUCCUGCAGAGAAGCAGGUGCAGCGGGAAAUGAGAGGUGUGAUACGGUUCAACCAGUUUCUUGGAUCCCUAGAAUUAAUGGACAAGCAGAAGCAGAACUCAGAUCGCCGUGUCCAUAGCUAGAGCCUUGGAAUAAUCCCGCAACCGGGGACCUUUACUUCCAAAUAGACCUUAGAGCUUUCCUAGAGCAUAUAUAUCUGGUAUGUUAGGAUUCAGUGUUCAUGAGGAUUCAGUCCAGAAAAACACAGGGUUCUCAUCCACAAAAGGAAAGUGUUGAUUAUGUUUGUUAUUGGAUGAGCCAUUUCUGGAACCCUUGCUACCUGCAGAGAACUAGACUGGACAUUCUGGAGGAGUCAGAGGAACUGAAACAGUUUCAUAUGCUCGGCAGUGACUGGAGAGGUCACUUUACUCUCUCGUUUUCGUAGACUUGCCCAAGAUCCCACAACCAGCUAGUAGCAGAACUCAGGCCCAGAACAGGAUCUCCUUACCCUAGUGCACUGAAAGCAGAUUGACUUUGGAGCUAGAUGAGGGCUGAAAUAUAAAGGAAAUGGGCUGACAAAAAUUCCAAGGGAGAACAUUAAGCUACAGAAAUUCAUAUAAUGGAGACAGAAUGUGUAGGUCCUGAGAAGGUUCAAAAUAAAAAGAGAUGGUUAGGAACGGUGAAUUAGGAGAGACUUCCUAGCAAGGGUUCAUUUUGUCUCCGUUGUGAAAGAUCUGAGAUCUACAGCUACUCUGGAGAGCCACCCUUGGAGUACAUCCGUCUCCAGGUGGAGGGAGGUUGCAGGUCCAGAAGGGAGCUAUGGCGAGAAGGACUCACGGAUGCAAACACAAGACGAGUGCUCAAGCGGCCUCGCAAAUAUGACCUCCUGAGUGCCCCGUGCUGGUCACUGCUGUUUGAUAACACUUUGUCUUCAGACUAAAGCUGGAAGCCACAUUCCUGGGGUGUGUGUGUGUGUGUGUGUGUGUGUGUGUGUGUGUGUGUUUAGACUACUUGUUUCUUUACUUUUGAGUACAGACCAUUAAUAAUUAGAAGUAUGUGAAAUCAUGGGAUUUUAUGCUAACAUUUAAUUUCUUGAGUUGUAAACCUGAGAUAAAACUUGCUCAUGCUUUAAUGAAGAAACAGCUCAGAGAUCAAGGAAUGACUCCGAUUUAAAUAAUUAUUGGGGCUCCUGGGUGGCUCAAUGGGUUAAAGCCUCUGCCUUCAGCUCAGGUCC